AUGCGCACUUCUCGGGCAUCUAAAGAAACUGCCAAGGUGCUGCAGGCUUUGUCGCCUCCUGCUCGACGAACAACUCGCAGUUCGGCUCAGGCUGCUAGUUGCCUUCAGGGUUUUGCUUUUGGGGGUGCUCCUGCCCCGGAUGUAUCUGUCAGUGAUGAUGAUACUUCCUCGCUCUCGUCUGUGCCGACGGUUGAUAUUGAGGAUAUCAUGGAGCCGCCGGCCAAGCGUCGCAAGAGUGCGUUGAGCGCCACGUCUACCCGGGCGAAUGCGCGCUCGAGCCGGAGAGCUACUCCAAUCAAAGAAGAGACUCCAAUCAAAGAAGAGACUCUUGUCAAAGCAGAGACUUCUGUCGAAGAAGCACCUGUCAAGAAAGAACCACUUGAGAAGCCGUCAAAAGCACGACGGACGCCCGCUCGCAAGAUCAAAACCGAGAAUGGCGCCUACUCCAUGCAGCCCCCCUCCAACUGGGAGACUAUGUAUGACAUGGUCAAGAAGAUGCGAGAGGCAAAUCCCACUGCACCCGUUGACACCAUGGGCUGCGCCGAACUCUACUGGCGUGCGUCCUCUCCGCGCGACCGCCGGUUCCAGACUCUCGUCGCCCUCAUGCUGUCGUCUCAAACCAAGGACACAGUCACGGCGGUGGCCAUGCAGCGGUUGCACACGGAGCUUGGAGACCAGUCGACGAGUAUUGUGAAGAAAGAGCCUGAAGAGUAUGACUGGAAGCCCACAGACCAGGUCAAGGACAGCACUCUCAAUCUGGAGAACAUCCUAGCCGUCACUCCUGAGCGACUCAACGAGCUCAUUGCCAAGGUGGGCUUUCACAACAACAAAACCAAGUAUAUCAAGGCCGCAGCCAUUAUCCUCCGCGAUCAAUACGAUUCCGAUAUUCCGUCGACUGCGACUGAACUGAUGAAGCUCCCUGGCGUCGGUCCGAAGAUGGCGUUUCUGUGUAUGAGCGCGGCGUGGGGCAAGCACGAAGGCAUUGGCGUUGAUGUGCACGUUCAUCGCAUUACCAAUCUCUGGGGCUGGCACAAGACAAAGAAUCCGGAGGAAACCCGCAUGGCGCUGGAAUCGUGGCUACCGAAAGACAAAUGGCACGAGAUUAACAAACUGCUGGUCGGCUUAGGACAGACAGUCUGCUUACCUGUAGCUCGGAGAUGCGGCGAAUGCGAUCUUGCAGGAACCAAGCUCUGUAAGAGCGAAAUCAGGGGUCUAGUAACACCAAAGCGAGACGCUGCUGUGAAGCAGGAGGGGCCAAAGGUGAAGGUCGAGCAGGAGUAG